GGGGACUCCGCCCCCGGCGUCUGCCUCUCCGGCGCUGAGGAGGGGGCACUUCCGGGGGUCCAUCCCCUUUAACCUCCUCCCCCUCGUCCCUCUCCGCUCGCUGACGGCUAGACCCCACCUCGGGGGCGGGGCGCUGUCGGUGACACGUCGGACAGCGGCCGCCUGGGAGGCCCGGGCGCGCAGUGCUGCUCUCGGGGCGGCCGACCCGCCCGGGGGUUCCGGGCUUGAGCUCCCAGCUCUGCUCGGCGGGGAGGGAGCGGGCCCGCCUGCUGGGUCCCGGGCUCUCCGGAUCCGCCCCCCUCUCCGGUCCCGCCCCCUCGGAGCCGCCUCGGGCUGCGCGGGGGCCGGGGACCCGCUGUCGGGACGCCAUGCGGGCGUCGCUGCUGCUGUCCGUGCUGCGGCCCGCGGGGCCCGUGGCCGUGGGCAUCUCUCUGGGCUUCACCCUGAGCCUGCUCAGCGUCACCUGGGUGGAGGAGCCUUGCGGACCCGGGCCGCCCCAACCCGGAGACUCGGAGCUGCCGCCGCGCGGCAACACCAACGCGGCGCGCCGGCCCAACUCGGUGCAGCCUGGAUCCGAGCGCGAGAGGCCCGGGGCUGGCGCAGGCACCGGUGAGAGCUGGGAGCCUCGUGUCUUGCCCUACCAUCCCGCGCAGCCAGGCCAGGCCACCAAGAAGGCCGUCAGAACUCGGUAUAUCAGCACGGAGCUGGGCAUCCGGCAGAAACUUCUGGUGGCAGUGCUGACCUCACAAGCCACGUUGCCUACACUGGGUGUGGCUGUAAACCGAACUCUGGGACACCGACUGGAGCAUGUAGUGUUCCUGACUGGUGCGAGGGGCCGCAGGACACCUUCAGGCAUGACGGUAGUGGCACUGGGCGAGGAGAGGCCCAUCGGACACCUGCACCUGGCGCUGCGCCACCUGCUGGAGCAACACGGCGAUGACUUUGACUGGUUUUUCCUAGUGCCUGAUGCCACCUACACUGAGGCGCAUGGACUGGACCGCCUCGCUGGCCACCUCAGCCUUGCUUCGGCAACCCAUCUCUAUCUUGGCCGGCCGCAGGACUUCAUCGGUGGAGAGACUACCCCAGGCCGCUACUGCCACGGGGGCUUUGGAGUGUUGCUCUCUCGCACACUACUACAGCAACUGCGCCCCCACCUGGAAAGCUGCCGCAACGACAUCGUCAGUGCUCGCCCGGACGAGUGGUUGGGCCGGUGUAUCCUUGAUGCUACAGGCAUGGGCUGUACUGGUGACCAUGAGAAAAUGCACUAUAACUAUCUGGAACUAAGCCCCGGGGAGCCCGUGCAGGAGGGGGACCCUCGUUUCCGCAGCGCCUUGACAGCCCAUCCUGUGCGUGACCCUGUGCACAUGUACCAGCUGCACAAAGCUUUUGCCCGAGCUGAGCUGGACCGCACGUACCAGGAGAUUCGUGAAUUGCAGUGGGAGAUCCAGAAUACCAGCCGACUGGCUGCUGAUGGGGAGAGAGCCUCCGCCUGGCCAGUGGGCAUCCCAGCACCGUCUCGCCCUGCCUCACGCUUUGAGGUUUUGCGCUGGGACUACUUCACGGAACAGUACGCGUUCUCCUGCGCCGAUGGCUCGCCCCGCUGCCCACUGCGUGGGGCUGACCAGGCUGAUGUGGCUGAUGUCCUGGGGACAGCCUUAGAGGAGCUCAACCGCCGUUACCAGCCAGCGCUGCGGCUCCAGAAGCAACAGCUGGUAAAUGGAUACCGGCGUUUUGAUCCAGCCCGAGGCAUGGAGUACACACUAGACCUGCAGCUGGAAGCGCUGACGCCCCAGGGUGGCCGCUGGCCCCUCACACGCAGGGUGCAGCUCCUUCGGCCCUUGAGCCGAGUGGAGAUCUUGCCUGUGCCCUAUGUCACUGAGGCUUCUCGGCUUACUGUGCUACUGCCGCUGGCUGCAGCAGAACGCGACCUGGCUUCUGGCUUUUUAGAAGCCUUUGCCACUGCAGCCCUGGAACCUGGUGAUGCAGCAGCCCUGACCCUGCUGCUGCUGUAUGAGCCUCGCCAGGCCCAGCGGGCAGCCCACGCAGACAUCUUCGCACCCGUCAAGGCCCACGUGGCAGAGCUAGAGCGGCGUUUCCCUGGUGCCCGGGUGCCCUGGCUCAGUGUGCAGACAGCCGCGCCCUCUCCACUGCGUCUCAUGGAUCUACUGUCCAAGAAGCACCCACUGGACACCCUGUUCCUGCUGGCCGGGCCAGACACGGUACUCACACCCGACUUCCUGAACCGCUGCCGCAUGCACGCCAUCUCUGGCUGGCAGGCCUUCUUUCCCAUGCACUUCCAGGCCUUCCACCCUGCUGUGGCUCCACCUCAGGGCCCUGGGCCACCAGAACUGGGCCGUGACACCGGCCACUUUGACCGUCAGGCUGCCAGUGAGGCGUGCUUCUACAACUCUGACUAUGUGGCGGCCCGUGGCCGACUGGUGGCGGCCUCGGAGCAGGAGGAGGAGCUGCUGGAGAGCCUGGAUGUGUACGAGCUGUUUCUGCGCUUCUCCAACUUGCAUGUGCUAAGGGCCGUGGAGCCAGCCUUGCUGCAGCGCUACCGGGCCCAGCCGUGUAGCGCACGGCUCAGCGAGGACCUUUACCACCGCUGUCGCCAGAGCGUGCUUGAGGGCCUCGGCUCCCGCACCCAGCUUGCCAUGCUGCUGUUUGAGCAGGAACAGGGGAACAGCACCUAAGCCCCUGCGCCUGUCCCUGCUCUUCCCCGGUAACCUGGAGCCACGUGCCAGCCUCGCUGGACAGGGCUGGCUGUAGCCUCAGACCCUAGGGCAGCCCACUGGUCCCUUGUCUCGCUUUGUUGGACCCAUGGGCUCCGGACAAGCCCUGAGACAGGUGCUCUAGAGCCAUCCUUUCUUGUCCAGUCUCCCUGCCCCCUUGACGCUGCUGAUUCAGGCUGUGGCCUCUGUUUAUGCCUGACGCCAGCCUUGCCACCUGGGCUCCUGUCCUGGGAGCUGGGCUGUAGAUGAAUUGUUGGAGGUGAAGCUGAGAAAGGAGGGGUACAGUAUCUACUGUCUUCUCCCUUCUGGAUCCAUGAUGAAGCUCUGGCUUUAAUAAACUGGUUAAGUGUGGACUAAUGA